AGGGCUUAACAGGACAAAGAAUCAAUCAACCUAAACCCAUAAAAUCUCUCAGAGCUCUCUUUCUCUCUCUCUGUUACUGCACUGCGAUUUCAAAUGAGCAUGUUAGGCCUGCGAGACCUACUUCUCAUAGCUCCAAAUCCUUCUUCUCUUCACCACCAGCACCACCAGCAGCAGCAACAACAGCAACCACAACAGGACCAUUCGAACCUUCAUCCUCUUCCUUCUUCUGCUUCUCUCAGCGUCGGUCUCGGAAUUUUCCCUCUCCUAACUGCCACUCCUUGCGUCCCCAAUGACCUCCCUCAUGAUUCCGCCGAUCACAAUCAUCAGAAUACUGCCAACAACUCCAAUUUCUGGAACCUCAAGAUGUGUCCGGAAGUUGCGAACUCUGCUAAGAAAGGAGUGAUCGAUGUGGAAGGUGAAGAGAAUGGGAUUUUUGGGGGUGAUUUUAGGGUCUGUCAGGAUUGUGGGAAUCGCGCCAAGAAAGAUUGUGGGUAUAGACGAUGCAGGACUUGUUGUAAGGGACGUGGGUACGAUUGCAGCACUCACAUCAAGAGCACGUGGGUCCCCGCCGCUCGCCGCCGUGAACGCCAGAUGACCGUUCUUGCUGCCGCAGGCGGAAGUGGUGGUGCUUCUGGGUCGCCUCCCGGUUCUAAGAGGCCUAGAGCGUUCGGGUCGUCGCAGAAUGCUGCUACCACUUCUCAUAGUUCUGCCUCCAACGCUACUACGCCAAGAAGCUUAGAUACAAGCUCUCGUCACCAAGAUGCUAGCUUCAAACAGUCUUUACCAGGUCAUGUCCGUGCCCCUGCGGUUUUCAGGUGCCACAGGGUGUCGGCUAUUGGUAAUGGCGAAGAUGAGUUUGCGUACAUGGCCACAGUUCAUAUCAGUGGUCAUGUUUUCAAGGGGUUUCUGUAUGAUCAAGGUGCUGAUGGGAAGAGCCCAAUCCCAUAUGUUUCGGAACUUCAACUGGGAAAUUAUAGCAGUGAAAAGAAUAGGGAAUGUUCUUCUCCAAUUGGGGUUCCAACUAAUAAUGCCUACCCUGCUUCUGGCUGUUGAGGAAGAUUAGCCCAAUGUGAGAUUUUGACGGUGGAAAACUGACCAUAGUAUUAUGCCCUAGGUAGUCUUCUAUAUUGCUAAUUUAUUUUCUGAUGUAUAUAUGGAUUCAUAAAGCAUAAAAAACUGAGCUUAAUUGCCUUUAUUGUAAUAGGGACAUUAAUUCUGCAGAAUAUUUAUAUUUAUGUUU